AUGGUAUAUUACAAACUUGGUCGUUGUACUGUUUGCCAAUUUCGUUUAAAAGUUGAAAAUGUUUAUAAUUUAAGAAAUUGUAAUCACACAUUCCAUAAAGAAUGUAUUGAAAAAUGGAUUACUGAAGGGUCAAACAUUUGUCCUCGUUGCCGAGAAUCUGCUACUUUAAAUGAUAUUAAACAACUUUUUUUGGAAGACGCAGAUGAUAGUUCUGACGAUUCUAGUGAUGAGUUAAUUCAAAGUUCAAGUGAUUGGUCUACACAAAAUUCUAAUAAGGCAAAUGAUUUAACAAAUAAAUUGAACAAUUUAAAUUGUAAAUAUGUGAAUUUUGUUAAAAUUAAAAAUAAAUGGAUUAUUGUAAACAAUUGUUGUUUCAAUAAAUGUAGUGAAAAUACAGACGACCUCCUUUCUAAUAAUUGUAUUAAAGGAAAUGGAUUUGUAAAGUUAAUUAAUGAUGAAGAUAUUAAAUAUAUUAAUUGUGUGAAGAAGGAUGUUUUGGAUGGAAGUUAUGAUAAAAGAGUUGUUGUUUCUGCAGAAAAUUCAUUCACUAGACCCCAAAAUUCUUCUAAUUAUUCUUUAUUUUAUUUUGAAAUUAAAUGUAUUUUUGAGGGAGAAUUUGUAAAUAAUAAUGGAAAAUGGAUGGUUAUUGGCCUUAAAAAUUGUAAUACAAAUUCGAGAAUUAAAUAUAUUGCUAAGAAUAUUUCCAUUUCGAAUGAGAAAAAUGAAGAAUUUAAACUUUGCCAGACACUUUUUUGGAAGAAUUAUUAUACUUUUGGUUGUGGAAUAGUCUAUCCUGAAACUAAGGGAAUAAAUGAAGAAUUUCCUUAUAUUUUCUUUACACAAAAUGGGAAACAAAUUGGUAAUUAUUUAAAAGAAAGUUGA